GAAGCUCCGGGGCAAAGCCGGAGUCUAAUGUGGAGACAGAUGGUCGGAAUUCUGGAAAAACAUGAGCAAUGGAGUGAUUGUUGGUAGGGCAGAAGAUUGUGUAAGUGUCCCUUGUGUAUAGUAAGGAGAAUAUCUAUUGGUCUCCAGCAUACAUAGAGUUAUUUGAAGUGUAUAAGUGUGUAGGAAUCCUUUCCUUCCUCAGUGGACAGACACAUGUCUCUUCCCCCAAUUGCUUCCUCUCCAACCCACCCGCCUCCCCUUUCCUCUCUGUGCUCUCAGGAGUUCCCCCUCCAAACUGCCGGCGCCUCUCAGACUCUCAAAUGACAUAGGAGUGAGGUGAGCCGGGUGCUGUACGUGAGGUGGGGUGAGGAGGGGAGACAUGAGCAGGGUGUCGGGGGAAAGGGCAGGGUCGGGGGGCAAUAGGUAUAAAUGCCCUAGUUGGGAGAUGCUACUACUCACUUACUCACAGGCACAAAGAUGCUCAAGAUGGAACCACAGAGAUGCUUCACCUCCAUCUCCCUCCUGAUACUACUGGCAGCUCUGGUGCACUGCAGCACCCAGAAUAAACUACAGAUUAUCCCAAGGCGAGAACAGAUGUACUUGGGAGAAACCCAGACUUUUCUGUGCAAAGCUGGGUCUGAGGGCAGCAUGAAGUGGCUGGAUGAUAAAAAUGAAGAAAUAGAGAAUGAGGACGGUCGAUAUGAAACCAAAAAGAUCGAUGAGAACACGGUCAGCAUUGCCGUUACAGCCGACAGUCGGCAGCAGAAAGUCAUCAAGUGUCACAUGGAGUAUGAAUCAGGAGAGACGGAGAAAACACAACUCACCUUGAAAAUCAUUGAGAGGCCACAAUUUGUAGGAGACCUGGAGAAGCAGAAAACAUUUUCAGCUGGCAACUCAGUUCAGCUUCCAUGUCAGGCAAAGGGAAUUCCUCUUCCUAAAAUCUCUUGGAUUCGUAAUGGGGAAAAAGUGUCAAGUUCACAAGGUCAUAUCUCUGUCAGUACCAAUGGGAGUUUACACAUAAAUAACAUUCAACUGGCAGAUGCUGGGGUUUACACCUGCCGUGCGUGGAUUGAAGAACGCACAGAAGAGGUUUUUAAGCAUGUCUCUGUCAUUGUGAAUGCUCCUCCAACUGCUUGGUUCCAGGAUUCUGCUCUAAAUGUCAACUCAAAAUCAGUUGCAAACCUUACCUGCUUUGUGACUGGCCAUCCCCAGCCAAAAGUGACCUGGACAAGAGGGUCAGAUCCUGUGACACACGAUGGAGAGAAGUAUGUACUCAGUGCUAAUGGACAGGAGUUGUCAAUUCUUCAGCUGGAUAAGUCAGAUGAAGGGGAAUAUACCUGCAGUGCUCUAAAUACAUUUGGGCAUAGCAGCUCCACUUUGAUUCUGAAAGUUAUUGAAGCACAGACCGUGAGCAAAGGCGUGGUCAUUGGCGUUGUGUUGCUGAUAAUCUUGGUGCUGCUUCUUAUCAUCGACUUAACUUGUUAUCGAACCAAACGCAGAGGUUUCCUCAUGUUCCUCUCCGGCAAGGUGUUAAGGAAUCAAAUCCCACGAGUCAAGCUGGAAGAGAAUGAAAAGAAGGCAUCGGCUGACAAGAGUUAUGUGGUGAAAAUCUCAAGGGUAGAAGCCUGAUCCCAAAGACCAAAAGAUGUAGCCGAUGAAGAAUUGUGAAAAGAGAACAUAUUUUCACUAAUACAGACUCAACCAGGCCUACAUGUUUGAACGUUCACUGAAUCAAAUAGUAUUUGUUCUUAUUGUAAAAACACAUAAGGAGGCUUUAUCUUGUAUAUAUAAUAGGAAAAUAUAAGGCCAUAGCAUUGUAGGCCAAGAGAAUUCCUCCUCUGCAUACUAUAAUAUACGUAUGAGAUGGAACUACCACAUUGCUGGUCUCAGCAUAACUAUAGACUUACAAUGUGGUCAACAGAAGAUGCCUCAGCUGAUGCCAACAAUAUGGCAGCCCCUACUCAAUAUAAAUAUGCAGUGAUUGAAUGGCCUGUAAAUACAAUAAGCCUUUCCUUUUUUUUUCCGAUGGGGUUUCAUUCCUAUUUAUCUUCAUUUAAUAAACUAG